UCCAAAUGCCACCGGACACCGACAGCGGCCUCGGAGCGGACGGACGGACAGCGGUGGGACUGAUGGGGAACAUGGCGGCGGGAACAACAACCUGCUCGGUACCGUAGCGACGACAAAUCUCAGGAACGACACGGCUCAGUGGCUAGUAACGGUGGAGCAUCACUUAACACAGAGGCGAUGAGGGGAACCUGAAGGCUGCAGCCUGUUUCUAAGCAACAACAACAGCAACACUGCGAGCGCUAGCACACUCACCAUGGCUUACAAGAUCCCCGGAGCGGCGAUGGACAGAGUCAGCCUGUUGUGGCGUCUAAGGCGUCGGGCUCGCCGUGGAGCUAUCUGCAUGGCCUUCUUCUGCGUCUCCAUGGCUCUGCUCUACGCCAUCUGUGCUGAAAACAGCGUGCCCGUCACUGACGCCAUCUUCGGGGUUCGGGCGAGAACCCGAGCCCAGCCUCGAACACACUCUGUCAUCAAGGUGCUGCGAGGCGGUGCCAAGCCCAUGUACAUUGACCCCCAGAAGCUCCCAGGUGUCGUCCCAGGUGACCCUCACCGCCCAAUCCCAGUCCUCUCCUCUCCUAACAGAACCCAGGAAGCGUUGGAGGCGACGCCCAAGAGAAAGACCAGAGAUAGAGAGCCGUCUGGGUUUUUCACCCGGAUGCUUCCGCGCCCCUUCACUCGUGCACUGGAGACCCUGUUUGGAGGCAGACGGAAGGGCGAGCUGAGCGGCAGAAACGGGGACGCAGAGUUCUUCGGGCCUAACGGGCUCCUGGGGGAGGUGUGGGAUGACGAGAUGUCCAGUAGCAUGCUGGGAAACAGACUCAGGAAGGUGGUUCAGAAUUACCAGGCAAUGAAUAAAUACGGCGUCCAGGUCUCCGGUCCUGGGGGUGUGUCCAGCAGACCCAAGCUGAGUGGCCCAGAGCUCCUUUGCCAGCUGAAGGAAAAGGUUGAGGUCCUAACUUUGACCCCUGACCUCCAUCCGUUCUCGUUGCUGCCGUGGGCUGCCCAGCUGCCGCUGCAGCAGCUGACCUCAGACCUGGGACCGUACAAGAGCUGCGCCGUGGUGUCGUCUGCGGGGUCGCUCCGAAACUCUGGGCUUGGCAAAGAGAUUGAUUCUCAUGAGGCUGUGCUGCGCUUCAACGCCGCCCCAACUGUAGGCUAUGAGAAGGACGUGGGCUCUAAGACCACGAUACGCCUCAUCAACUCACAGGUGAUGGCCUCUGAUGACCAUCGUUUCCUGUCCAGCUCUCUGUACAGCUCUGGUGCUCUGGUGGCCUGGGACCCUGCCCCCUUCUCUGCUGACCUCACUCAGUGGUUCAACCGGACAGACUACCCAAUCUUCACCCAGUACCAGAGGUACAGGAGGGUCCAUCCCAUGCAGCCAUUCUACAUCCUCCAUCCCCGCUUUGAGUGGCAGGUUUGGCAGCGAGUACAGGACAACAUGGCCGAGCCCAUCCAGAAGAACCCGCCUUCCUCAGGCCUGCUUGGCACCGUCCUGAUGAUGUCGCUGUGCGAGGUGGUGCACGUUUAUGAGUUCCUGCCGUCCCGCAGGAAGACGGAGCUCUGCCAUUACUACCAGCGCUUCUAUGACGCCGCCUGCACACUCGGCGCCUACCACCCGCUGCUGUACGAGAAGAACCUGGUGAAACGGAUGAACCAGGGCUCAGACCGCGACAUCUUUACCCACGGACGGGUCGCGCUGCCUGGCUUCAGCAAACUGAACUGCACCCAGGCUGCAGGAGGAGCGCCCGAACACUGAGCGGAGAGGGACACUCACACAUGAAAGCGAGAUGUGAAGCUGCAUGAAGACACGUCUGGAUGAGUGGAAACGCAUGAACACCUCACACCCACUGCCGACCUGAAAGAGCGCUGUGCCACUCGCUAUAAACACGCCGAGACAUCAUCAUAGGAAGUCAACACCAACACAGUCAGCCAAUGGAUGUGCCUGCUCUUCUCAUGAACAUUUCUUUACAUCCAACCUGAUAAUAGUCACCCCUUAACCUCCAUACUAACUCCUAAAGGACCAUACCGCUGUUGUUUCACAGUUUUAGAAGACAACCAAAAAUAAAUAUAAACUAAGCAAGAUUUCAACGAGCUUCCUAAAGUAGAAGAGCAAGUUUAACCGGAUUUCUUGACUUCUAGAUGCAAACUGUUGACUCUAUAGGUCAGUCAUUAGACAGCCUGGUCUGGUGUUUUAUUCAACAAAUAACAAGGAGUACAUUUGAUUUAAAUCAUCAGAAAGAAGUUUGACUAAAAAGGAAAUUAUUUUAAGGAAGUAUAGCUUUUAAAAGUUGUUUAAUUCUACACAUGGAUGCAUGACAGCAAACCAGGUAUGAAAAAAGCAGGAAUUAGCCGCAGCCAUGGAGGAAUACUGACAACCAUAACGUUCAAAUAUUGCAAAUUAGAGCCAGAUCAUUAGACAAUGAUACAGAAGUGUUGAAAUAUAAGCUCAGAAAUGUCUUACUUUGAUUGGUGAGAUAUUUAAGAAAGCAUUUUGACUGAGAUGGGAAAGCAUCCUUUAUUCUGUCUGUCUAAUGCUGAUAAUAACAUAAACAUUUUAGCCCAUACUGAUGUUGGUCCUGCAAAAAACUCACAAACUCACUCAUACAUACAACUGUUAUUUAAAGCUCAUAUAUGCCAAUAUUUACAGCCAAUAAAGGCUGAUAUUUACAGCUGAUAUAGACUGAUAUUUACAGCUGAUAUAGACUUAUAUUAAC